AUGGCCGUCUCAGACAAAUACUCCCUCGCUGUCCUCAUCAUCUUCAUCACCCUUUCACUCCCUACACUGUUCGUCACUUUCAAACAUGGCGUACGAGGAUGGGCAAUUCUCGGAUGGAGUUACCUCUUCAUCUUUUGCAGUUUGAAGAUCAUCGGCUCCGGCAUGGCCUUGGGCGACCCUGAGAGCAGCGGCGCCACAAUCGUCUCCAGUGUCGGCUUGUCACCUCUGCUACUCGCACUUUCUGGUGUUCUACAUGAAGCUCGGUUCUACUUCACCAGCUCCUCUAGACGCAGCGCAAAUCACAAGCAAGACCUCAUUUUCGUCCUCAUGUUCCACAUGUUCACCAUGCUCGGUGUCGUUCUCAUCGCGAUCGGCAUGUCCCGCCUCAUGAACCACGCAUCUCCCGACGACGUUUCCAAAGGCUGGACCCUCGCCAAGGUCGGCGCCGUUAUUCUCUUCCUCAGCUGGGUAGCUCUCGCUGCAGGCGCCGCCUUCACCGUUUUUCAAGGCUACAUACGCAGUGACGGCCGCCCUCAAAAGAAGGCAGCCGUCAUGCUCCUCACAGCGGUCCUUUUCGCGGUGCCGUUUGUGGGCGUGAGAGUCAUCGCGACGCUGGCCUACGUCGCGUCGGAGAACAGUUCACUCAGCGCCGCGACCGGUUCUGUGAUGGUGAAGGUGUGGCUGUACCUCUUUGAAGAGCUGGCCGCCACGCUCAUCCUCGUGAUCAACGGUGUUUUGGCCAGGAAUGUCAAGAAGCUCGAUCAGGAGGCUGUUGUCAACGGAGGAUGGCAGACACGGCCGGCAGAUGCGGAGCAACAGGCCUACGAGCGGAACAGCAGCCCUUCAACCCCCAUCGACGCCUUUGAAGCUUCUGACUUUGCUCUUUUCAAUCACUUCCUGACGACGACACUUCCAUGUCUUGCUCUCAAAAAUGAGGCGCUGCUCAUGUCAUGGAAGUCAGACCUUCCCAACCUGGCACCCAAGUUUCCUUACCUCCUGCACGAAGUCCUAGCUGUAUCGGCCAUCCAUCUCCAUCAUCUCAACCCCAGCAGCUCGAUCGACUACCAGCGCAUGGCAUGGGGCCACCAAGCCAAAGCCUUUAGCCAAUUCCGCGAUGCGUUGUCCCCGGAAGUGGCAGCACACCAAGUGCACGCCCUCUUCGCUUGCUCGGCGCUCAUGUCCAACUACUACUUCGCUUCAUUCGAAGACCCUUCUUCACUCCUUUUCAACAGUGACCCUCCCGGGUCUCCUGAAUGGAUCUUUCCUGUCCGUGGCUGCGCAACGCUCGUCCGCCAGCUGAGAGGCCCUUUAGAAGCGAGCACAUCUUGGACGGUGCUACAGUCGUCUUUGGAUACAUGGUCCGUCAGCCCUCCGUCUCCAGAAAGACCUGAGUGGGAGCCAGAACUUCAGUCAAUGGAGGCAAAACUGUCAGUUCUGUCGCAUGGAACAGACCCAAGACCUCUGUACGAGGAGGACUUCCAGCUGUUGAGAAAGUGCUUCAAAAUAGCUGGGAAAGCCGGCGAUGCCUCGUGUAAGGUCUCAGCAAUGAUGUUUGGAGGCGCGGCAUCCGAGGAGUUCUUGAAAGAUAUGACUGAACGCAAGCGCCCUGAAACUCUGGUCAUGAUGGCGUUCUGGUGUGUCCUGAUAAGCCGCGUGAAUCAGAGGCACUGGCUGAGAAGCGAAUCGGUACCGGAGGCUAUUCUGGGUGUGAUAGAGGCGCAUCUGCCGCCGGAGUAUCUGGAGCUGAUACGCUGGCCUGCGCAACAGAUCAGAUCUGCACGCGGCGAUGUACCUAUGCAAUAG